CAUAAUAAUUAUUAUAUAUGUAUAUAUAUAUAUUUUAAUAUUAAUACAAGUGUAAUAUUACGUGCGAGUAUUAUUAUUAAAUUCAAGAAAUCGCAGUGAUAUUACGGAAUAUUAAAAUGAAGUGUCAUUAUGAAGUGUUGGGUGUUUCAAGAAAUGUCACCGAUGAUGAACUAAAAAAAGCUUACAGAAAAUUAGCACUUAAAUGGCAUCCAGAUAAAAACUUAGAUGCUCCAGAAGAAGCUAAAGAACAAUUUCAAUUAGUUCAACAAGCAUGGGAGGUACUAAGUGAUUCUCAUGAACGUGCAUGGUAUGAUAAGCAUAGAGAAGCUAUCUUGAAAGGUGGUAUGAGAGAAGACUAUAAAGAUGAUUCAAUUGAUUUAUUUCAAUAUUUUUCAACUAGCUGUUUCCAAGGUUAUAAUGAUGAUGAAAAAGGUUUUUAUACCGUCUAUAGAACAGCUUUUGAGAAAUUAACAUCAGAGGAUGCUGAAUUUGCUACAGAAGGUGAUUCGGAAGAAGAAGUACCUAAUUUUGGAAAUUCUCAGAGUUCUUAUGAAGAUGUCGUUCAUCCAUUUUAUGCCUAUUGGCAAAGCUACAGUACAAAAAGAUCAUUUGCUUGGUUAGAUCUCCAUGAUAUUCGACAUGCACCUAAUAGGAGAAUACUUAGACUUAUUGAGAAAGAAAAUAAAAAAAUUCGCGAUAAAGCAAAACGAGAAAGAAACGAGCAAGUUAGAAAUUUGGUUGCAUUUAUAAGAAAACGUGAUAAAAGAGUUCAAGCACAUGCUGCAUUGCUUGCCGAACGUGUCAAGGAAAAUUUAAGAAAGACAGAAGAGCACAAAAGAAUGCAAUUAUUAGAAAGACAAAAACAGUUAAAAGAACAUACCGUAUCCGACUGGUCCAGAUUUUCAAACGUUGAAGCAGAACUUAAAAAUAUUGAAGCAAAUCUUGCUGCUGAAUUUGGAGAAGAGUUAUCUUCCGACAAAGAUUCGGAAAAUGAAAAUAACACGGAUGAUAACACUCUUUAUUGCGUUGCCUGCAAUAAAAUUUUUAAAACCCAUAAAGCUUUUGCAAAUCAUGAGAAUUCAAAGAAACAUAAAGAAAAUAUUGGUAUUAUGAGACAAUCUAUGAUACAGGAUGAUCAAAAUAUUCAAGAAAAUACAGAUGAAAGUGAUACAAGCUCGGAGUCAAUGUCCACUAUAACAACUUCUUAUAAUACUCCAGGAGACGAAGUAAAGCUGGCAACUGAUCCACAAUUAUCUGAUUUUUUAUUAAAUCCUAAUAUAAGUAACACUACUAGCUAUGAUAAUGAACAUGAGAUAUCUGAGGGUGAAUUAACAUCUGACGAAGAAGAAAAAUCUCGAACUCCUCCAAAUGCUUGGGCAAAAAAAUCUAAUCCAGAAGAUAUUAUUACUUUGGCCACUGGACCACAAUUGUUUGAUGAACCAAUAAUGGUAAAGAAAGAGAAUGAAGAGGAAAACAUAACUUCUGAGGAUGAAUUAAUGUCGGAUCAAGAUGAAGAAGAAAUCAUGGUACAGACUAAGCAAAAGAAAAAGAAAAAAAAGAGAAGGAAUAUACAAAAUCUAGAACAUGAUAGCGAUGAGGAGGACAAUAGCAUGGAUGAACACAUAUGGCUGUCAAAAAAGCAACGUAAAAAGCAACAACAGAGAAAAGUUGCUUUAAGUAGAAUUGCUAUGAAUAAUAAAGAAUUACCUAAGAUAAUAUGUCCAGAAACAGAAGGACAAAAUUGCAGUGGUGAAACCAAUGAGUCUGAUUUACAAAAUCUUGAAAAUAAAAAGACACAAAUGACUUUUGAAAGUACUGAUAAUGUGAUAAAACAAGCACAAAUUUCCUGCGAAAAAAAUAAAAAUAAUAAAACAAAGGACGUAAAAAAAAUAUGCAAUAAAAUAGAAAAUGACAACAAAUGUAAAAAUAAGAAAGAUAGAAUAGUUGAUGUUCAGGAUUUAGCACAUUUUUGUGUUUCCUGCAGGGCUGAAUUUCCUAGUAAAAACAAGUUAUUUGAACAUUUAAAGAAAACAGGACAUUCGGUAUAUAUACCAGAUGCACUGAAAAAUAAGAAAAAUCAAGAACAUGUUUCUAAAUCAAAAAGAAACUCGGACAAAAGAAAUCAUUAAGCUUAUAGUUGUUGUUAUAUAUAGUAAAUUAAUAAAUUGUAGGAGAAUUUAUUGUAUUAAGUCAUAAAAAUAUAAACCUUAUUAGAAAUAAAAAUAAAUUCAUUGCCCAUA